UGCCGCUGGCAAACCAGCCGUUGUUGCCAAUCCAGCUGCUGCUGGCGAACCAGCUGUUGUUGUCAACCCAGCUGCUGUUAGCAAGCCCGCUCCGGCUGAAAAAUCAGCUGUUGUUGCCAGUCCAGCUGCUGCUGGCGUACCACCUGCCGCUGGCAAACCAGCCGUUGUUGCCAAUCCAGCUGCUGCUGGCGAACCAGCUGUUGUUGCCAACCCAACCUCUGUUAGCAAACCAGCUGCUCCUGGCAAACCAGUUGUUGCCAAUCCAGCUUCUGUUGGCAAACCAGCUGUUGUUGCCAACCCAGCUGCCGCUGGUAAACCAGCUGUUGUUGCCAACCCGAAUUCUGUUAGCAAACCAGCUGUUGUUGCUAAUCCAGCUGCUGCUGGCGACCCAGCUGUUGUUACUAACCCUGCUGCUGUUGGUAAACUAGCUGCUGCUGGCAAACCAGCUGCUGUUGCCAACCCAGCUUCGAUUGGUAAACCAGCUGCUGCUGGCAAACCAGCUAUUGUUGCCAAUCCAGCUGCUGCUGGCAAACCAGCUGUUGUUGCCAACCCAGCUUCUCUUGGCAAAUCAACUGUUGUUGUCAAUCCAGCUGCUGUUGGUAAACUAGCUGCUACUGGCGAACCAGCUGUUGUUGCCAAUCCAGCUGCUGCUGGCGAACUAGCUGCUGUUGUUGUUGAACCAGUUGCUGUUGUUGCUGAACCAGCUAUUGUUGUCAACCCAGCUGCUGCUAGCGAACCAGCUGCUGCUGUUGUUGCACCAGUUGCUGUUGUUGCCAACCCAGCUGCUGUUAGCAAACCAGCUCCCGCUGAAAAAUCAGCUGUUGUUGCCAAUCCAGCUGCUGCUGGCGAAUCAGCUGCCGCUGGCAAACCAGCUGUUGCCGCCAACCCAGCUGCUAUUGGCGAACCAGCUGCCGCUGGCAAACCAGCUGUUGGUACCAACCCAGCUGCUGCUGGCAAACCAGUUGUUGUUGCCAAUCCAGCUUCUGUUGGCAAACCAGCUGCCACUGGCAAACCAGCCGUUGUUACCAGUCCAGCUGCUGCUGGUGAACCAGCUGCUGUUGUUGUUGAACCAGUUGCUGCUGUUGUUGAACCAGUUGCUGUUGUUGUUGAACCAGCUGCUGCUGUUGCUGAGCCAGCUACUGCUGUAGUCAAUUGAGCUGUUUCUGUAGUCAUCCCAGCCGUUGCUAUA